AGAAUUGUUAUUAGAUAUGUGAUUUCCAAAUAAUUUAUUUAGGAAUAGUGUCCCCUGUUUAGUUUUCAUUAUGACGCUCUGCGACGACUGUUUGUUUGAGCCUGCCCAAAAUGGGCACAUUAACGGACAGAUUGUCGGCUCGUUAGGUUUGAUUGGCUUCUGGCUAACAGCGAUCAGAAAUCCGCAAUAUGGCCAAAAUGCUGCUGUGUCGCUGCUGUUGUCAUUAGUUGUCCACAAGCGAGAUGUCAAAUGGCAAGUGAUUUGUGGGACAAUCCGGCUGGUGCGGCAAGUGAAUCGAAGAUGGGACUUCGAACCGAACGCGGAUCAAUGGCUACUGGCUACUUAUUCCCCGGAGAGCACUUCGCAAUUAGCUUUACAUAACCUGACCCACUCAAGGCUCAUUCGUGACCAAGGAAAGUCAGUUGGGUACAACAAAGUCGUGUGGCACUUAUUUUUUUGGGGGUACCCGACCAUUAAAAGUGAUAGCUGAGAAAGUGUGAGGUUCCAGAAUAAUUUGGACUACAAUUAAUCCAGGCCACGGGAGUCACGCCCAAGCGGCUCAGCCUGGAAGCUUAUAAAAACCAUAUCACUUGCGGCCCAAUCAGACAGUUAUUGGUCGAAAUGUCAACCAAGCGGAUCAUAGCCCUUUUUGGAUUGCUAAUUAUCCAAAAGAGCCACGCGGAUGUGUCACAUUUCUUUGCUUCGCCAUUGGAACACUACGGGAACUAUCUGCAUGGCCAAGUGCCUUUCCAACUGGCACUAUGGCCUCCGAACCUAUAUGGUCCCCCGCCGGCCGCACCCACAACUCCUGCCCCAGUGGCUCCUGUGGCUCCAGUGGCCACCACCGAAUUCAGUCUGCCGGAGAUCAUCGAGAACCGCAGUGUGAAGAUUCAGGGAUCUGGGCAUGGCAACUUUAUACCUCUGAGCCAGCAAUAUCUACCGCCAGCUGUGGACGAGCGACCCAACUAUGAAAGCCCUAAGCCAAGCGAGGAGACAUAUCCAGCUUACUACUAUCCGCAACCUGGAGGCAGCAUCAUUACCACCGCCACACCAACCACUACCACUACUUCGAGACCCAUCAUUGUGCAAGAUCCUGGAGAGGAUGUCGAGGCGAUACACUCGCCAGGCUACGACUAUCAUGCCCCAGUGGCUGUUCCGGUUUUCCCCCAAAAGCCAUCCACUCCUGCUCCAGUUUACCUGCCACCCAGCGAUGGAAGCCAGGAUCAAAAUCAACUGAGACUCCGGCUGAAGGACAUGCGUUGCCUUUCGGCGGCUUACUUCCGGGCUGUGCUCAAGUUGGACAGCUUUUUGGGAGCUGCACCCACUGUGGACCAGGACAACGAUGAUGCCCAGCAGGAUAAACGCUGCGAACUGCGGCUAUCUCGAAGCUUUCUGCUCUUGGAUAUUUCUGGCGAGAACUUCGAGCGAUGUGGUGUGAGAACCUGUGGCCAGGAUCUUUGUCUGCGUCUGCGAUUCCCCGCCAUCAGGGGGUUAAGAACCAGUGGCGAUUCGAUCUUAACCCUACACUGCAAGGCUCAAGAGCGAGUGGCUGUGAAGACGCAUGCCCUGAAAAUGGGCGUGGCCAAUGAUGUGCAAGCACGCAGUGUAGGUAGCUACGCCCAUGGAGGAGACCAAAACGCCUUCCGCACCCACGUGGAGUUGUUGCGAAAAGGUAGCACUGGAUACACCCGUCACUUGGAAAGCAACGGUGCCGUCCAGUUGGGCGAAGAGCUCCUCCUAAGAGCCCACGUUCUGGCCGGAGAUGGCUGGAACUACACCAAGCUCAGCGAUGUCCAGCUGCAGAGGAUUGCAACCGGAGGAGAAGUGCUCAACACGGUGCAGUUGGUCAGUUCGAGCGGCUGUCUAAAUCCCGCCAUGCAGGCCAUCUGCGCCCAUCCACCCAGCCUGGACCCACCGCUCGGCCAGAGACUGCACUUCAAGGCGGUCAUGUUCCCUGGGAUGCGAAGUGGAGAGGUUCUGGUCAUAUCCAUGCGCAUCACGGGCUGCUUGGAGCGCGAGGAUUGCCUGGUGACGGCCCAAGAUUGCUUGCCAUCGGUGGGCCAACGCAGACGACGGAAUGUCUCACACGGCAACAGCACCGAAGUCUCGGAGCUCUCGCAUCUCACCUUCCGGGUGAUAAUGGCCGGUGGAGAGGAUGCAUCUCUGGAGGAGCGGGAUAUGGGCAUAGGGGACUCGGGGGUCAGAGCGACAUCCAAAUCACUAGCUCUCCUUGGGAGUUUGGGAUUUGUGGUGAUGCUGCUGGGUGUUGCAGUUGUGGCAUUGUAUAAUUUUCGAAAGUAGUUAAAUUUGGCUCGUCCUGAAACUUUUUACAUAUUUUAUACAGGAAUAAUUAUCAAGCCCACAACUUAUAUAAAAGUUAGGCAUUGAACCAAGCCGUAUAGUUUUAAAUAGCAAAUUAUGAGCGGUCUUAAAUUUUAUUAUUUCUCUUAACUUGAAUAUACCGCUUUUAUGACUAAAGCGUCAAAGAAACAAACAUCUAUUGCCAGCUUGGAAGGUUCAUUUAUAAGUUAUCCUAAGUGUUUUGUGUUCCCCUUCUGACCCAUCCAUUAAAAGCAGUCCAAGUCGCCAUCCAUAUCAAUCGUAUCUGUAUCUGAGGCGCCAAUCUGAACCUGACUUUUAUCUAUCUGGCUGCCAAGUAAAUUGACUUAUCGCCACUGCGGAAUCAGCAGCGAGCCAAUUUUUGGCCUUUUCGAGAUUAAAACAGAAAUUAGCACUUAAUAAAAUGUAAUUUAUGUUCAUGUCGCCUGUGAUUGAGCGGAGCUGAGAAUAAAAUCCAACAAAAUAGGUGUAUAAAAUCUCAAAAAGCCAGUAGGCAAAGCAAGUAACUGACGGAUUUCCAAACUGCGCGCGCAAUUCGCAAAUUGCGAACUGCGAACUGCGAUUCAGUUAUGGCCAGAUAGUUGAAGCCAAAACCGAAAUUUUAUCACGUUUUCACGCUUCGAGCGCGGCUAAUGAAACCUCGUUCACAGUCGAUUUUUGGCUUUGUUAUUUGGUGCAAUUUGUUGUCGGUUUUCGUAGACUCGUAUGAUAAUCCAUUAAUCUGGUGGCCGACAGUUUGCGCUUA